AUGGUGCUGUGCAGCCAGCCCUGCAGUGCGGAUCCAGGCGCUGUGCACGGCCUCAGGUCGCGCCCCAUCAGCACGAGCAGUGUUGCAGAGCUGCAGCAGCACUCCCGGAAUGGCUCUGCGCAACACGAGGCACGCGUGGGGCAGAGAGGUAGGAGGGGGGCCAGGUGGGGAAGGGGCGCGGUGGGGGUCACGACUCACCCCGUCCCUGUUGCAGGGCUGUGGGGGCUGGUGAACAACGCCGGCAUCGCCAUCCCCACCGCCCCCAACGAGUGGCUGAGGAAGGAAGACUUUGUGGCAGUGCUGAACGUCAACCUGGUGGGGCUGAUCGAGGUGACCCUCAGCCUCCUGCCGCUGGUGAAGCGGGCGCGGGGCCGCGUGGUCAACGUGGCCAGCAUAAUGGGCCGGCUCUCCAUCUUCGGGGGGGGGUACUGCCCCUCCAAGUUCGGCGUGGAGGCCUUCUCCGACAGCCUCAGGCGUGAGAUGCGACCCUUUGGGGUGAAGGUCUCCAUCAUCGAACCCGGUGGAUUCCGAACUGGGAUGACCGACCCCAAAGCGGCAGCAAAGGAACUGCAGCGCCUCUGGGCACUGCUCCCGGCGGAGACCCGGGCAUCCUACGGCCGCCGCUACCUGGAGACCUACGCCCGCCGCAGCGUCCUCCUGCACCGCCUGAGCAGCCCCCGCCUGUCCCGCGUCACCGCCCGCAUGCAGCACGCGCUGCUGUCCCGCAGUCCCCGCAGCCGUUACGCCGCCGGCUGGGACGCGCUGGUCUUCCUGCUGCCUCUCAGCUACUGCCCGACGUGGCUCUGCGAUGCCUUCGUCGCCUUCCUGAUGCCAAAACCGGACUGCGGGACACCCUGAGCACAUCCCUGUGCCCGCUCCGUGCUGCACACUGGGCUCCUGCGGGUGCAGGACCUCAUUAAAUGCGUUUUUUCCUUUUACAGGAGCAGCCCUUGUGCCUCUGAGCUCACAGCUCGCCCUGCACUGGGGCUGCGGGCAGAGGGGCACAAAGCCCCGCUGCGUUGCUCCAGCCGUGCCAGAGCCCCUCCGGCAGCUCACCCCUAACACAGCAUCACCCUCCUCCCCACCCCUCCCUCAAUUUGCCAUCCUCGGGCGUUGGGCGCUUUCUGCCCAGCUCCCACCUCCCGCAGCUGCCGGGGGCUGCAAUCAGCUCCAUCCUCCGCUGCAUCUUCAGCGCAGGAGAGGAAAGCCCCCUCCCCAGGAUCCCUCCCUUCCCGGCUGGGCUGCAGAGCUCCAUUUGCCCCCCUUCUGCGCCCUCGAUGUCCGCUGGCAGCGAUUGGUGCUGCUGUGCUUCGGCACAUCAGAUGUGUGGGCGCUGACUCACGCACCCUUCAUACCUCUAAUUAAGGGAUAAUUAAUGAUGACGAUUUGGGAGAUGGGCCCCCGAGGCUGUGCAAUUGCUUGCAGGACUGAGCAGCGAUCAGCACAGCCCCACGCCGCCCACCCGCGUCCCUUCUCCCGCUGACACGUGCGGGGGCUGAGCUCGUGCAGGACCGGGGUGAUGCGGGGCGAUGCGGGGCGACGCGAGGCGAUGCGGGGUGCGGGUUGCGAGGAGCCCUCGUGCGAAGCAGAGCGUUUCUGUAGGUUUGGUGGGUGCAGCGUCCCAGCAGCAUCGUUGUCCCUGCGUGUCCCUGGGGGGGGGGAGGCUGCAGAG